UGCGCGUGCGCAAUGCCUGGCCGACGUCUUGUUGCUGUGUGAAGCGCGGUUUUCGCUCUCUCGUAGGCUGGUUGUGCGGCCCACCUGUAACAUGGCGUUUAACUUCGGAAGUGCGACGGGGGCCACAGCCAACCAGGGUACAACAGGUUUCUCCCUGGGAAAUUUUACUCCAAAAACAACUGCAUCGGGUUUUGUGUUUGGCAACACUGCUACCACAGCAGCAGCCACAGGGUUUGGCGGUGGAUUUGGUGGUUUUGGAGCCACAACAACCACAGCACCUUCAAACACUGGUUUUAGUUUCUCUGCACCAACCAACACUGGCACGACUGGUCUCUUCGGUAACACUCAAAACAAAGCUUUUGGAUUCGGAAGUGCUUUUGGUGCAACAGGAACAAACACGGGUCUCAAUACUGGGUUGUCAACUGGUCUAGGCUUCGGGGGUUUUGGCACUCAACCUCAACAGCAGCCGAGUGCCCUUGGAGGUCUAUUCAACCAGCCCAUGCAAAAUCCUAACCAAUCAAAUCAGCUAAUCAACACAGCAAGCGCAUUAUCUGCACCAACAUUGCUUGGGGAUGAGAGAGAUGCCACCCUAGCCAAGUGGAACCAACUUCAGGCUUUUUGGGGAACUGGAAAAGGAUACUUCAGUAAUAAUAUUCCUCCAGUGGAGUUCACACAGGAAAAUCCUUUUUGUAGGUUUAAGGCUGUCGGUUUCAGUUGCAUACCUAACAACAAGGAUGAAGAUGGUCUCGUUGAACUUGUGUUUAAUAAAAAGGAAGCAGACAUCCGUUCUCAGCAGCAGCAGUUGGUAGAAUCCCUGCACAAAAUCUUGGGAGGGCACCAGACCCUUACUGUAAAUGUGGAGGGAGUGAAAGCAUUACCUGAUGACCAAACUGAAGUGAUCAUCUAUGUAGUGGAGCGCUCACCAAAUGGCACCUCCAGAAGAGUUCCUGCUACAGCUUUAAACUGCCACUUUGAGCAGGUCAAUGUCAAGUCCAACUUGCAGCAGCUUGGAGUCACUUUAACCAUUGCUAGAACCGAGCUGUCCCCUGCACAGAUUAAACAGCUUCUUCACAAUCCACCAGCUGGUGUGGAUCCAGUCAUUUGGGAUCAAGCAAAAAUUGAUAAUCCUGAUCCAGAUAGACUGAUUCCUGUUGCUAUGGUCGGCUUCAAGGAACUUCUCAGAAGACUAAAAGUACAAGAUCAGAUGACAAAGCAGCACCAGUCCAGGCUGGAUAUUAUAUCUGAAGACAUAAGUGAGUUACAGAAAAAUCAGGCAACCACAAUGGCAAAAAUUGCACAGUACAAACGGAAGUUAAUGGAACUUUCCCACAGAGUCCUCCAGGUUUUAAUAAAGCAAGAAAUCCAGCGGAAGAGUGGGUUUGCCAUCCAAGCAGAGGAGGAACAGCUUCGUGUGCAGCUAGACACUAUCCAGUCUGAACUCAAUGCACCCACUCAGUUCAAGGGUAGACUUAAUGAGCUAAUGUCACAGAUCAGAAUGCAGAAUCACUUUGGGGCAGUGCGAUCAGAAGAAAAAUACUAUGUAGAUGGAGAUCUGUUGAGGGAAAUUAAGCAGCACUUAAAGCAACAGCAAGAAGGACUGAGCCAUUUAAUCAGCAUAAUAAAGGACGACUUGGAAGACAUCAAACUGAUUGAGCAAGGACUGAGUGAUAAUGUCCAUAUACGUGGAGGAAUGUUAAGUUGAUAUAAUAAACUCCAUCUUUUUUUCUUCUCAAGGACAUUGUACUAUAAGUACCAUAACAUUUCCAGGUAUGAUAAGACAGAACAGCUUGAGGUCCCCUAUUAAUAAAGUACUUAUUAAUAAAGAUCAAAAUAUGUUUUCUUUGAAACGUUUGACACAGAUUGGAGAGCCAAAGGUCCCACCUUCAUUAUCUGUCACUCCUAACAGAAACUGUGAAUGCAAAGAGUUCAGUAUAGCAUCGUUUGGUAGCACUUUGGUGACACGCAGAAAUGAGCCGUCAACAAAUGCUAAAGGGAGUUAUAUUCAGUGUUGUUAAGACUGUUAUAGAUAAACACUGCUUUUUAAUGUUCAUAUUUAAAAUGGGGUCUUAUUGGAAAAAAGUGAAUAAAUAUUUUUC